AUGGAGUCGACACCCGAGCAAGCAGCCGCAGAAGCACCUGUGGUGGACUUGGCGAUGACGACGACGAGGACCAGACCUCCCUUGGACCGAGCAGCAGGGCGGCGGCGGCGCCAGCAAGGGCGGGCAGCACAGCAGAGCUUUCUGGUCCGCGCGGAUGAGGACGACAAGGAGGAGGUGCUCGCGGCCGACAGCAUCUGGCUGCGCAACCCGGCCAUUCUCGAGGGCGUGGACGACCUCACCAAGCUCAGCUACAUGCACGAGGCCGCCAUCCUCCACAACCUCCACGUCCGCUACAUGAUCAGCCAGAUCUACACCUACACCGGGCCGAUCCUCAUCGCCGUCAAUCCCUACCAGCGGCUGCCGCUAUACAGCAAACAAAUGAUCUCCCAAUACUGCGGCCAGCCUCUCGGCAAGCUGUCGCCGCAUGUGUAUGCGAUUGCCGAGGAUGCCUUCCGCUCGAUGCUCACCGAGCGGUGCUCGCAGUCGAUCCUCGUGUCCGGCGAAUCCGGCGCCGGCAAGGACCACUUUACUGACCCCGAGAUGCCGUACUGUACGACGGAGACGACCAAGUUCCUGCUGCAGUACUUUGCCGCGAUGGGCGAAGAAAACAAGGGCGAAGGCAACGUCCACAACCAGGAAGAGCUUGGUGAGACCGAACUGAAACUGGCCUUCGCCGAGCUUGAGUGCGGCCACGAGCUCCUUGGUCGCGGUCUGCGCAUCGGAGGCGCUGGAGCCAGCCGAGGGCACGAGCAGGCGGUAGCGCUUGUAAAACUGGUCGUAGCUGUGCCUGCCCGGGUACCCCGCCAUACACACUCGCACCUGUGA